AUGUUGGCUAGAUUUAUCUGUCUCCUUGUCCUUACCCUUUUAACCUCAUCAACAAAAGAAAUCAACCCAGACGUCAAAACUAGCUCAAAAGGCACUAAAAUUGACUCAAAACUGCUUCUGCAAGACCCUAACCUCCCCAUUCAACUGUUUCAAGAUGCCAUGAAUUCUCGAAAACUCAAAGAAAAUUCAACCAGUGAUGCUUCAGGAAACAAAAAUAAAAGGCAACUAUAUAGCUGGUGCAUAGAUGGUCAAAAUGGCUGCCAAGAAUGUAAUGAGUCCAGGACCCUCUGCAGCAUUUGUAAAAAUGUUGGUGAUAUGCCGGACAGAAAUGGUGGGUGCACCACUAGUAGCCUACCUGGCUGCUCUAUUGUUACCGGUGAGUUUGAAUGUGAUGUGUGCUCUGCUAAUCACUAUUUUAGCUGUUCACAAUGCAGUGCACUAAUUAAAAUUAAGUUUGCACAUAUAUGCCACACCAUUUGCCAGAACUUUAAUCAAUAAAAAUCACCAUAAGGCUACCAGUCUUGGGCAGAUCUUGGUUGCCAAUGCGAUAAUUUCUAUUGACUCCUAGGUAGCUAUCCUUCCAGCUCUAGGCGGAUAAAAGAGUCAGCCUCUAUACCCCUCUUGCAGCACUUCUAAAUCUACACUUCCUGCAUUCUUGCCAAAGCAAUCACCAUAUUUUGACUAUGCAGUGAUUCGAUAGCAAAUUGUAAUGUUUGCUUCAAUCUUGAACAAUGCUCUGAAUGCAUUGAAGGGUUUUAUUUAGACGGUAGUAGAUGCACUCUCUGCAGUUCUAAAUACAAUGACUGUGAAGCUUGCAAUUGAGAUGUAUGCCAAAAAUGCAAGAGCGGCUUUGCUUUAGAUGCAAAUUCAAAUUGUGUCUCAUCUCCAACAUCAAACUGUAUUUCUGUUGAUAAUGGAGACUGUUAUGAUUGUGCUGAAGGAUAUUACUUGAAAGACAAUGCUUGUAUCUCAUGUACAGGCAUUUCAAAUUGUGAACUUUGUGAUGAUGAAUCGACCUGCACUCAAUGCUCGGCUGGCUUUUUUCUGCAAGACCCUACAACCUGUGUUUCAUGUAGCAGCCAAAUUUCGUAUUGCGCAGCUUGUGACUCAGAUUCAGAAUGCACGGAAUGCGAUUCAACGCAUUAUCUUACAGAUUUAGACGAUUGUGCUAACUCAGGACCUGAACAUUGUUACAUCGUUGAUAGCAAUGACUUGACUACCUGCAAUGAUUGCUUAAAAGGCUACAAUUGGGAUCAGAGCGACAAAACUUGUAAAGCCUGCGGUGAUAUAAUGCCACAUUGUACUGAGUGUCAAGACGGAAAUAUAGAGGAUUUCAGAUGUUGAACAUGCGAUGUCGGGUACAUUUUAGAUAUUUAUAGUGUUUGCAUUAAAUCUCCUUUAAAAAACUGUGUGAAAGUUUCAGAUGCUUCCCAUUGUGAGGUAUGCUCAUCUGUUAGCAAUGGGGUGUGUGCUUCUGCUGGAGCUCCAAUUGCUAAUUGCAAAAUGGCAAGUACUGAUAGCUCUUAUUGCGCAGAAUGCGAUCUUGGUUAUUCUUAUACCGGAGAAGGGCUCUGCCAAUGCAGUGCCAAAGAUUGCACUACAUGCAAUACCAACGACGGAAGCAUCUGUGAUACGUGCAUUGAUAACUACUAUGAAGACUGCGUGCCAUGCAGCACAAAAAUAGCUAAUUGUGACACUUGUGCUGGCGGGGUCUGCACGAAAUGCAGUGCAGGGUAUUUUUUGCUUUAUUCUACGUGUAAUUUAUGCGCCUUGCUUGACCCAAACUGCAUUACUUGUGCAGACAAUGAACUUUUUUGCACUUCUUGCAAGCCUGGGUUUUUGGCAGCUUACUAUGGUGAAUGCGUUGAAUCAUCACUGCUGAAUUGCGAGAUAGCUCAAGGUAGUACCUCUUGCACUCUAUGCUUGUCUGGAUACUAUAUUAAUGAUCAGCAGACCUGCUCUUCUUGUGAAGAUAAUAGUGCAGGAUGCGUCGCUUGCUCUGAGUCAUCUACCUGUCUAAAAUGUUCACAAGGGUAUUGGCUUGAUUCCUUAUCAUGCUCUCCAUGCAGCUCGAUUCCUAAUUGCCAAGCUUGUGAUAAUGGUACAAUAUGUACUAAAUGCCAGGCUACUUAUCUUCUUAAUGAAAAUAAAAGCUGUACUUCUUCUUCAAUUGAGAAUUGUGAUGUUGUGGUGAGCAAUGAUCCUAGCACUUGUCAACAGUGCUCAACAGGGUAUUUCUGGGAUACUACUAUAUGCAAGGCCUGCAGUGUCCCAUUGCCGAAUUGUGACACUUGUUCAAGCUCAACGACUUGUUCGCUCUGCAAAACAGGCUAUUAUUGAAAUCUUAUCCAAUGUUCUGUAUGCACAAAUGCACUAAAGAAUUGUCUAGAGUGCUCUUCAGACGGCACCUCAUGCUCAAAAUGUGAUAGCGGGUAUUACCUUAAUCAUGAAAAUAAAUGCACUAGCUCUGUCCUCAAUUCCUGUGCUAAAGUUUCUGAUGAUGGGACUUGUAUAUCUUGCCCAAGCAAUAAAAUAUUUGCCUGUACCAAUGGCGGUACUUCACUUCCUAACUGUGCCGUUUCCUCUUCUGACAGCUCAGUUUGUGUCAAAUGCAUGCCUUCCUAUAAAAAUCAAGGAGGAAUUUGUGUUGAAAGUAAUUUUUAUUUAGUGUGCUCUGAAAAUUGUUCUGAUUGCUCAUCAAAAAAUAUAUGCACUGUUUGUAAUUCAGGCUACUUCCUUUAUGAUAGCAACGGAAAAACAACUUGCAUCUGUAACUUUUAUUUAGCUUGUGCUGACUCGUGCACAGACUGUGAGCCAAAUCCAAAUUGUUUCAUGUGUGCUGACUUAGUCGUUCAAGAUGGGGACACUUGCAGAGUCGAUUCAGUCGGGUACGAGAUAAGUUUCAGCGAUCGUUUUAUUAUUAUUGAUUUUGCUCACUCCAGUUCAAAAAUAUUAACACUUGCUAGUAUAGAAGCUUUCACAAUUGACGGUCAAAAUAUAGCUACGACCAAUUGGCUUAUCAGUUCAAGAUCAGAUACUCAGUUACAGAUUCAGACUGAUAAUGUGAGAGAAGCAGAUCUUCCAAUUAAUAUUGAUCUUUCUCUUCUUUAA